AGGGUCUAUACUUCUCUAUCCUGGUCCGCACUAAGGCAGGUGAGUAUUACGUUAAAAGUACAAUUUGAGUUGACCACAACGAGAGUAAUAAUGAAAUCCAUCCAUCCUUAUAUCCUCAUUGCUUCCAGUCCUGCCAUCCCGUUCAUCCCAUUUUCUUGCUCCUUGGCGGGAUGUCUGUGA